AUGGAAGACGACCAGAGUCAAGUCUGUGCAGUAUGUCUCAAUCUUUGCUACGAGAGAUUCACACCAAAGGACGGCGAUAUAUCGCCGCGGCGAGUUAAUACCGUUGGCUUCGAUGAGCUCAAACACUCCGUUGAUAAAGGCUGUAGAAUCUGUUGUGUACUGCAGCAAGCCGUCAGGAUAUUCUGGGGCUCGAGUCCUGAUAGGGAAGGACAUAGCCCUGAAGAAAAGAUAUGGGAAAUAGUAGAACCAGCUCUAUCAAUAAAGAUUAGCGGUGGUGGAGUAGGUGAGCACAGCGAAAAUGAUGAGCCUGCUGGAUCCAGCCACAGACCCAAGGUGGUAGGAGAUAACAAUUCAGCCGAAAGCGGUAAACAUGGCGGGAUUGAUAAUUAUGAACAAGACUGCGUGGAUGAAAGUGAUGAGGAAGGAUAUGAGAGUGGCUUCGAAGUUGAAAGAAGUUUACUAUGGUUACACAUGGUAAUCAGACCCGGAAAGAGUAUGAUCCUACAACGAUCAGAGUCUGGAACGAAGUACGACUACGCGGCUGUCACAAGAGGUGUUGAACUUUAUACAAAAAUAGGUAUCAUUAGAACUCCACGAGAUUGGCCAACUAAGCUGAGUUUCGCUUCAGGCGAGCCGCAAAUCCAUCCAGCUUUUGGGCACAGUCGAGACGUACCAGUGUCACUCGAGCUUGAAACCUGCAAGAGAAUGUUACAUGCAUGGAUGAAAGACUGUAUACUGAAUCAUAGCAAUUGCAGGGAGGAUGCUGCGCCGUUACCUAAACGAGUUAUACAGAUUUCCGGAUCUUCAUUUCGCCUCAUUGAACCUCCACCAUACACCUUAGCAAGAUACGUAACACUCAGUCAUUGCUGGGGUGAGCAUCCAGAGUUAGUUUUCAAAACGACACUUGAAAACCUCGACGACCGCAAGUCAGGCAUCAAAUGGGAAGAGCUAAAUCCGGUCUUUCAGGAUACUCUCACCAUCACCAAGCUCAUCAACUGCGACUACCUGUGGAUUGAUAGUUUGUGCAUUAUUCAAGACGAUGAGGCUGAUUGGAGGGAACAGUCUUUGAAGAUGUCCGAGAUAUAUUCUCAUUCAACCCUGAAUAUAGCUGCGACUUCCUCCCCUAAUGGGUCCACUGGAUACUUCACGGGCCGGCAAUGUUUCAGUGAUUUAUAUGGGGAUCCAAGAGGUUUCCACCAGCUCUCUGUGAGGUCAUGGGAGCUCAAGAGUAGUAGCGAUCAACCUCUCAGUAUAUUUGUCCGUCCAGUGCUUGAGGAUGGGCAUGACUAUGUCAUGAGAAAUAUGGUAAAUCGCCGGUGGCAGGUGGCGCCUCUAUUAACACGGGCCUGGGUACUCCAAGAGCGUCUUUUGGCACCACGAAACCUUCAUUUUUCUGCCUCAGAGUUAAUAUGGGAGUGUCGCUCGACUCUCUCCUGCGAAUGCACAGGCCUGGAUAGUCCUUCGACCGGACCCUACAGUACGCAUCAAGUUUCGUCAGUUGAGGAAGUGAGCAUAUAUCAAUCGUCCCGUGUGCCACGCCAAUUCUUUAAAGGGCAUUUCGCUCAAGUCUGUGGCGACUCGAAUUCAAUCCAAGAAACCUUUAACUUCUGGCUUCUUGCGGUAGAGUGUUAUUCCAAACUCUCACUCAGCAGAUCUUCAGACGUGGCUGUUGCGCUUGCGGGGAUCGCUCAGCGUGUUAGGGAUCAUAUUGAACUUGAGUAUGCCGCAGGAAUAUGGAUUGGUGAUCUUGCUCGGGGUCUCUUGUGGAUGGGAACACCCCGUUCAAGCUUGAAAGCAACAAGAAGGUCAGCUUCUAUGCCUACAUGGUCAUGGAUGUCUCGAUCAACUCGGCACUUUCCGGAUGACCCGUUAUGUUCUCUGAUAUACCACGACGCGCUAUUGGACGGCUUUCUGCAGGACGAGCGAUUCCAGGUCCAUGGCUACAGCAUUAAAUUUGAGUCAGACAAUGAUGGACUGUUCAGCAGUCCUAAGUCUGGCCAAGUAGAAAUCACUGGGGCAUGGCUACCGGCAACGAUUACUUUGGAGCCGUUACACCUCUCGAUUGACUCCAGAAUGGAUUUUAGGGUGAAUCUGCAUUGCGAUGAUAAUACCUAUUCAGAGUUGCUUUGUGCUGAUUGCCCGUACUGGGAUGUUGGUAGAGGUCCCCUUCUCGAAGGCGAAGAAGUGUGCUGCUUGCUAAUCGGCACUACCGAGGAGAGAUCUUACACUGAACAAACAGAACAUGUUCUUGUGUUGAGAAAAGUCGAGGAGCAAGCCAGUUGUUAUGAACGGAUCGGGAUUUCCGUGUUUUGCUUGUAUGAGUACCGUCUAUUUCAGGAUGCCCCUGUUUCAAGAAUCGAAAUUGUAUGA